AUGAAUUCGACGACUUUCAUUACAGUACCCGCACACCACACCAUGCCCCAGAAACAAAAUAGAAAACGCAUCAGGCACAGACCUAUGCGCAGCAAGAGACGAGAUUCUACAUUCCCUACCCAGCGAGCCGGUCUGCAAAGUAGCAGUCAAACUUCGCUUUCUUCAGUUAACGCGAUGUUGCCGAAAUGGCCUUCGCCACCUUGGAAUACGUUUACUGGCAUUCCUAUCAACACCAAACACUUCUUCUUCUCAAGGCCUAGGUUUCUCAGGCAAGAGAGCGCCGCUUCGAGAGAUAGGCGCAUUUUUGGCGGCGUGGAGGAUGAUCUGGAGUCUGCGAAGGAGUUGUGUGGGCCUAUGUUGGAUGUGGUUCUUGGGCUGUUCAAUGGGGUCGAUUUUGAUGAUUCUUUGUGUUGA